UAUGACUAUAUAAUGUUAACCAUACUUUAACCUACAAAAAAAUUAAAGAACAAGAUAAUAAUUUAUACAUUUAUACAGUGUUUUAAUAUAAUUUUGUUUAUUAUGUAACGAAUAGGUGAUUACUUAUAAAUAUCGUGAAACCCAAUUUUUAAAAGCAUUGGAAUAUGUAUAAAUUUAAAGAUAAAGUUGAUCCCGAAUUCGAGCCUCCUGUUUUAAUUUUUGCUUCUAUUAUAUAGUACGGUUUGAAAAUGGUAUUUUGAAACCAAACCAGGAGCAUGCAUUUACUUGUCGAUUGUAUGAAGGUAUAAACAAAGAAAAAAUACUAGCUAUUGCUACUGAGCACAUGGUUUAUUAUGGAAGAAUUGAGGAAGAUGAUCUUUACGAAAACUUGUUAUUACUUCAUAAGAAAAACUCAAAAAAGGUAUCAAUGUUUAUAACAAAUACAUGCACCUUGAGACCAUUUAUGCCUAAAAAAAGACGAACAGAUGAAUGUGACAACGGUGAAGAAGUUUCCAAAGAAAACUCUUUAUAUGAACUUAAUAAACAGUUUGGAUCUAAACGCGCUAAAGUAGCUAUUAAACAACGGGAGCAAAUGACAUUAAAUAUUGAAAAUGCAAAGGAUCAGUUACAAGAGGCUGUUGCAAAUAUAGAGGUAAAUGAUGACGAAUUGAUUGCUAGUAACAAAGAAAACUUUGAAUUUCGCCCUCCAAUAAAUAGAAAGGCAUCACAAAUUAAAGAUGUUUAUAUUCUUGAAAAUUUAAUCUCAACAGAUGUCUUGAACUCGUUAACUGAAGUAUCAAAGAAUAUCUUAGACAAUGAAGUUAAUAAACCUGAAACAUGUGCCUUUAUAACUGAAAGGAUUGCAGAUCUAAAGCAAUUACGACCGGAUGAUGCCUUAAUAAAGUGUAAAAUUUUCUUAUAUACAGAUUGCCUCAUUCAUUGUUUGAAGUGCUCUAUAAAAGAUUUAAUCAAAAGGGAUUUUAAGGCUUGUCCUUAUUCUGAAAUUGUAAAUGAGGAUGUAUUGUCAAAGUAUACUAGUAAAGUUAAUAACAAAAGAGCUCGUUCAAGGUCAAUGAGAGACAAGACAAUUUGGUAUAUAGUAGUUCUCUGUAUUCUUGCUUGCAAUUAUAAAUUGGAUUUAGAAAGUCUGGGAAAAGAAAUUCGAAUGUCAGUAAAGGCUCUGCAAGAAGUCGCCCGAUAUCUCGGCUUAACUUCAGUUGGAAAAUCGAAUUGUGCUCUAAAAUUGCCUAUUCCUUCAGGAGCGCCCUCAUUUAAAGGUAAAAGAAGUAGAUAAUUUUGUUUACCACUUAUUAGGUUUCUGAAUAAAUGUAUUUUUGUUUA